AUGAAUCUUUUUAUGUUUAUUAUUCUUUUUUUUAUUGGAUGUUUAUCAUUAAUCAAUCGAAUAAAUUGUUCGAAUAAUAAUACAUCAACAAUGUUAAUUUUAGUAACACCAUCAUCAUCAAUCAAUGAUUAUGUUAAACGUCGAUUAUCAAGACAUUUUAUAUCGAAAAAUAUUAAUUCUACUGAUGAUGAUAUUACUUUAUUAACAAAUCAUAUACGAACAUUUGAUACUUCAUCUAGUUAUAAUACAAUGAAACAUUUUUCAACUUUAACAAAAACACAAAUUAAAGUUAUUAUAACUGUUGUUAUUAUUAUUAGUUUCAUCAUAUUUAUUAUUGCUAUAUUUCGAUUUAAGUAA